AUGUCGACAAACACUACGGACGCGAAUCGGGCGCCUCCCCAGGGCGGUGUCAUCGAAGGCGCCAAUCCAUCCAAAUACAACCCCUCCGAUCCCAUAACCCUCUUCAUCAUUCAAGCCGGCUUGAUCAUCAUCGUCUGCCAUGCCCUGCACUGGCCUCUCUCCAAGAUCCGACAACCCCGCGUCAUCGCAGAGGUUGUCGGCGGCAUCAUCCUCGGCCCCUCCGUCAUGGGCCGCAUACCGGGAUUCCAGCAGGCCAUCUUCCCCAAGGAGUCCAUCCCGAAUUUAUCCCUCGUCGCCAACCUCGGAUUGAUCCUCUACCUCUUCCUCAUCGGCAUGGAGACGGAUGUCGGCUUUCUGGUUAAGAACUGGCGCGUCGCAACCUCUGUCGCCGUUGCCGGCCUUGCGCUACCAUUUGCUGUUGGUUGCGGUCUGGCCUGGGGCAUUUAUCACGCCUUCCGCAACGACGCUGGUCUCGCCCCCAUUGGCUUCGGCACCUAUAUGCUCUUCAUUGGCAUCGCCAUCGCCAUCACCGCGUUUCCCGUUCUAUGUCGAAUCCUAUCCGAGUUGAAGCUUCUCGACACCUCGGUCGGCGUCAUCACACUAUCCGCCGGUGUCGCCAACGACGUCGUUGGCUGGGUGCUGCUUGCCUUGUGUGUCACCUUGGUCAACGCUGGCAACGGACUGACCGCCCUGUAUAUUCUUCUAUGCUGCGCCGGGUUUGUUCUCCUUCUUGGCUAUGUCAUCAAACCUGCAUUGAUUUGGCUCCUCCGUCGGACAGGCAGCCUGCAGAACGGCCCGUCCCAGGGCAUCGUGUCACUCAUCAUGCUCUUGGCACUGGCAUCCGCCUUCUUCACCGGCAUCAUCGGCGUCCACCCCAUUUUCGGUGCAUUCAUGGUCGGCCUCAUCAUUCCACGUGAAAAUCGCUUCAACAUCAAGGUCACCGAGAAGAUGGAGGAUUUGAUCGGCGCCUUGCUCCUGCCACUUUACUUUACUCUCUCGGGUCUCAAAACAAACCUUGGUCUGCUCGAUAGCGGCCUGGCUUGGGGCUACGUCUUUGCCACCACCAUUGUGGCCUUUUCCACCAAAAUCAUCGGUGCUUCAUGCGCUGCGCGACUCAAUGGCCUUGUCUGGCGCGAAUCUCUGACCAUUGGUGUCUUGAUGAGUUGCAAGGGUCUCGUAGAACUGAUUGUCUUGAACAUUGGUCUUCAAGCCAACAUCCUCAGUACCCGAACCUUUACCAUUUUCGUCGUCAUGGCUCUCCUGACUACCUUUUCUACGACGCCCCUUGUGUCGUGGCUCUACCCGCCCUGGUAUCAGAAGAAGAUGGAACUCUGGCGCCGUGGUGAGAUCGAUUGGGAUACAGGCGCUCUCAUCAGCACACCCAGCAAUGGCGCGAAUUCGAAUGCUCCGCGAGAGCAGAGUGUGGCUCGGGUUCUCGUAUAUCUGCGCCUGGACACCAUGCCACGACUUCUCCGACUAGUUUCACUCUUUGGAAACCCCUCUCGGCCGCUGGACACAACAACACAGUCAGAGAAUGCAUCUCAACGACCGGUUCGCGCGCAUGGGCUUCGACUACUCCAGUUGACGGAUCGUGACUCGUCUGUCAUGACGGUUUCUCAGGUGGAUAGCUACAGUCGCCAUGACCCUGUCGUCAAUACUUUCCAAACAGUGACCCAGUCAAAUCACUUGUCCGUGUCUGGAGAGGUCGCGAUAAUGCCCGAGCACAUCUUCUCUCAGGCACUCGUCACAAAAGCCACGGCCAUGGCUGCCAAUCUGCUCCUCGUUCCUUGGAGCGAGACCGGCAACAUCGUAGACUCGCAAAUUCUUUCAUCCUCUGCGCAGGCUGACAAGCUAGCAUCUCCGUACACCUCUUUUGUCUCUUCCAUUCUCGAUACCAAGGAGCACAACAUCGCUGUCUUCUUCACUAGAAGUGAUAGCAAUCACAGCGGCCCGCAGGAGACUGCAGCGGGGGAGAAGGGCAAGCUGACUCGCCAAUAUUCUCUUGGCAUGCUGAGACAAGACUUCCCCAUCGCUGCCAUGACUCGUCAACCGUACCACAUUUUCAUGAUUUACAUUGGUGGCGCCGACGAUGAUUUUGCACUCCGCCUUGUCUUGCAACUGUGUGAGGGGUCGCAGGCGACGGCCACAAUCUUGAAGGCCAGGGAACCGGAUGCGCAAGCCUCCAGUUCAACCGACGCUGCCAGCUGCUUGGAUGGGAUGAGCGACGAAUUGUCUGCUAGAGUUCAUGUUGAGCAUGUGCAGGGUCGCAGCACCGUGGAGGAGUUGAUUCACCAUGCGUCUACAAACUUUGAAGUCGGGUCGCAGGGAAACAAGUCCAGCCUCAUCGUUGUCGGUCGACACGCAGGCGACAGCUUGGACGAAGGCAAGCUGAAGCAUGCACCGGCGGCCGAGACAAACCACUGCCUGGGAAUUCUCGCCUCGCAGGUAGUCGAGGAGUUUGUCGAAGCGGACGUGCUGAUUGUUCAGGCUGUAAAGCCCACUGAUGUGUCUGUGCCAUCUUGA